AUGACCAUUGACCGUAACUGUAUUUACUAUUUUUAUUUUUUUCUUGUAAGCUAGAAAUAGGGAGGCAUUUUAUUUAAUUUCGUAAUAAAAAUAUUCAAAAUAGAUUAUAAUUCAAUCUAAAUAUAAAAACAUCCGUGUGUUGUGCUCUAAGAUCUUAAUAUUUUCCCGUUAUGUGCAUUGUCUCAUCAAAUGCGUCACGAAUUGUGAUAUUCGUAAGAAAAAUCCUUUGAAAUUUCCUAGCAAUGUCUUUUAUAUUGUAUUAAAACAUAAACAAGACUAUCAUUAUGAAGUCGACUUUUGUUAAUUAGAUUAUAAGUUGUUUAACGACAUAAUAAAACUUAGUGUGCUUAGAUGAACGAAACAAUCAAAAUUUUAAUAAAAUUGGUCAAAUUCAGAUAACAUUACCUACAAUCCAAACUAUAAAUACACAUUACAUAAGCACAGUCCCCUUAUUGGGCGGUGCUUUUAAACAAAGAGAAGAAAAAGAAGAAAUAUUAUAGAAAUCUCACAAUUAACUGUACUCAUGAAAUGCAAUCUAAAAGAACUCGCUCUUCUGAGCGACAAGCCUUGCAUUAUGGAAGGUAGACUAAAUUACAAAAAAAUAUCAGGAAAUUAUCGAAAUCAAACAGCAUACAAAGAAAGAUGGUUUAGAUUAAUAAACAACUACUUAUUUUAUUUUAAAAUAAAUGAAAUGGGAAAUUUUGACACAAAAACCCCAGCCGGAGUUUUUGUCAUGGAAAACUCAUCCGUCCAAAUGGAACAUGGACAUCACAUUUCAUUCUCAUUCUCAAUUUCUUUUAUUGAUGAACCAGACAAGCGUCAUAUUUUUGCUGCUCGAAGUGAAGAUAAUGUGGUGCAAUGGGUAUUGAAGUUAAGACAGUGUUCAUAUGAGUACUUACGUAAUCAGUUACAUGCCCUUCAGUCAAAGAUAUAUUCUAUCACUGGCAAGGAUCCCCUUCUUCUUGUUCCACGGAAUGAUGGUGCUUGUUUGUGGGCACCUUCGGUACCAUUCUCUACGGUACCAGCUUGCACAGUUAACACUAGCUCCUUUAGCUGUCAUCUUCAUACCAAUGGUGCAUUUACUCUAGAAAGGAGUAAAUCAGACGUCCAAGCUCAUAGACAUUUAAGAUCUGAAUAUCAAAAUACAGCAAUAUUUUAUACUAACAAUGAUCUAGUUAAUGAACCAAAGACAGAUAAUCAAGGGUACUCUUUGGAAAAGAGCAAAACAUCAAUUUUAACAGCUAGUUUAAAUCCCAUUGAUAUAUCUAUUUUUGAUAACAGACCUCUAUACUCAAGGACUGCACCUAGUCCUCCUGUAAGAACAAAAUUGUCACCAAGCAGCAGAAGAAAUGAUAUGAAAAAGGAAAUUAACACAUUUACUGAGCAAGGAAAGAUUUUAGGUCAAAACAGUAUAUUAGAUGUAGCACCUAUUCCCCCCAGGAGAAAGAUUUCACCGAAACACAGUGAUGAAACUAUUGCUCAUUCUAGUAACCAUAGUUUAAAUUCUAGCAAAGAGACAAUAGAUAAACCAAGUGAAGAUCUUAUCCAGUUUUAGUUAAAUUAUUUAUAUUUUUCUGAUAUUUUAUAUAAUUAGAUAUUAGAAGACAUAUUGCAGCUUUGCUGUUAUAGAAUGUUUAUACUUUAUAAUUCUAUUGAAAAUUCAAGCCCCACCAAGUAGUGUUAUUAAUAUGUUUACUUGCCUCCUUACUAACUCAUGGUGUUCAUUACUGUUAAACCAAUACUAGUCAAUGUAAAAGAUAGGUUCAUUGUAAAACUUAAUAAUAGCUAUAAUGACAUCACACAGACAGUAUUGUUAUAAGGCUUGCAGCUGCAUAAUGUAAAUAAUUACUUAGUUUUACUAACUAUAAAAAACUGAUGAACAAAGUAUAUUCAAAACACAAAUAAAAGGUCCUAUGGGAAUUUCUCAAUAGAACAUGCUGAUGUAGGAAAUAUUUAAAUUUUUAUUUUUUUAUUGUCAGCUUUUCCCAACUAUGCUUCAUGAACUGAGAUGUGUCUGUUAAGGAUUUUUAUCCUUUAGGGCUGAUUUUUCAAUCCUUGGUUGAAAUUAAUUCAUCCUACCAUAUCAAAAAUGUAUUCUAUUUGUCUGUAAUUGACAGUUUACAGGUGACAUUUUAAUAUGUUCGUGUAAUACUUUAUUAGACGGAUACAUUUUAACCAAGGAUUGAAAAAUCGGCCCUUAUUAAAAAGAAAAUGAAUCAAAUAAACCAAUCAACUUGAAAUAAAUUCAAAAGAAUAGAAUAUGGAUGGCCUUACAUACUAUGAAUAAGUUUUUAUUGAACUCUGUUAGAUUUUAGAUAUACAUAUUACCUAUAUCUAUAUUAUAUAAUGAACAUGUAUAAGAAGAUAUUAUGAAUACAUAUAUAUUUUAAAUUUGUAUAAACAUUUUAAAAUCGCUUUAUUUUAUACAAUAAGAACUUGUAAAUCUUGCUAUGAAAUUUUCAUGUAUAUUUCAUCUACACACUUUUAAUAUUUGUAACAAGUUUUUAACAUGACAAGUAGUAUGUGAUACUAAAGAAAUAAAUAUAUUUUUUUUAAUAGA